AUGUCUCGCCAGCUCUGGUCUGACGCGGGCAUCGCGCCGAUCCCCAUCAAGCGCACAACAGCGCUGCUCCUUGUCGACAACCAAUACGGCUUCCGCAACGUCGCUGCGUUUGGCACAUCCGUCUCGAACAGCAACCAUGAGGAAAACACCGCUAAGCUGUUAGAGGCCUUUCGAAAGACGUCAUCUUUGCCGCAAGCUAAGCGGCCUCUGGUGAUCCAUGCUCAGCACCGCGCGCCGUGGUCCGAUUCGCCAGUCUUCCCUGGCCAUGAAGGGCCGUAUGGCGUCAACGGCGAGACCAGACGCGGGGUAGACUGGGCUGAAUAUAGCAGACCGCGCCUCUGGAACGAGGAGCAGAAGAAGUACUUUUUCGUGGAACAAUUCCACGAAGCAAAGGUGGACACGGGAAAUGUACCCUCGGAACAAGACGAGGUCUUUUUGACGUCUCAUGGACACAGCUUAUUCAUAAAUGCGCACUUGCAGACAAUACUCAAUAAGCACGCCAUCAAGACGCUAAUUAUUGCCGGCAUGCCGCUCGAGUAUGCCGUCAGCACCGCAGUCCGAACGGCGCAGAAUCUUGCGCUUACAGGUCACUGGGGAGGGCGGGGAAACAUGGAGGAUGUCGACUUUGCCAAACUAUGGACGGAUGGUGAGGGCAUCUACCUCGAAGCAGCGGAGAAGACGGAUGAGAAUGGAGGCUUCGAUGUUGACAUGCCACGGAUUAUACUUGUAGAAGAUGCCGUCCGCGCAUUUGGCAAAGAGGGCCUACCGGCAGAGGUUGUCCACGCUGUUCACGUUGAUUCGUUGAAGCAUUUUGCUGAAGUCCGCAAGACGGAUGACAUUAUUUCGGCAUUAAAAGAGGUAUGA